AUGGCUGGGCGGCCCAAGCUUCACUACUUCAAUGGCCGAGGCAGAAUGGAAACCAUCCGGUGGCUCCUGGCUGCAGCUGGAGUGGAGUUUGAAGAAGACCUUUUUGAAACUCGUGAAGAAUUUGAGAAAUUAAUCCAAGGUGGAGCCCUGAUGUAUGAACAAGUGCCCAUGGUGGAAAUCGAUGGGAUGAACUUGGUUGAAACCAGAGCUAUCUUAAGAUACAUAGCUGCAAAGUAUGACUUGUACGGAAGGAACCUGAAAGAACAAGCCUGGAUUGAUAUGUAUGUAGAAGGCUUGAAGGACCUGAGUGACAUGAUUAUGUUCCUUCCACUCUCAUUGCCCGAAGAGAAAGAGAUGAAUCUCCAAUACAUUCUUGACAGGGCCACACAAAGAUUCUUCCCUGUCUACGAGAAGGCGCUAAGAAACCAUGGACAAGAUUUUCUUGUGGGCAAUCGGCUGAGCUGGGCCGAUGUACAGCUCCUUGAGGUCAUCUUAAUGGCUGAGGAGUGCAAACCCAGUGUUCUCUCGGGCUUCCCUCUGUUACAGGAAUUCAAGGCAAGAAUUAGCUGCAUUCCAACAAUUAACAAAUUUCUCCAGGCUGGAAGCCAGAGGAAGCCUCCGCUAGAUGAAAACUCCAUUGAGACUGUGAAGAAUAUAUUCAAAUUUGAACGUGGGAUGUUUCUGAAAAACAUGGCUACUAUAAUGGCUGAAUAUUAA